ACGAUCACUGGCUUUCACUAAGGAUGUCUGGUUCUCGUAAAGAGUUUGACGUGAAGCAGAUUUUAAAAAUCAGAUGGAGGUGGUUUGGUCAUCAGGCAUCAGCCCCUAAUUCUGCAAUUGAAAGCCACGAGGGAGACUUCUGGAAUAGAGGACAAAAUGUAACGAGUGGUGGCACGAAGUUUUUAGAUUCAGGUAACCUACCUUUAACAUCAGUUGGUUACAGAAGGUCCAGCCAACAGGAUUUUCAGAAUUCGCCUCUUUGGCCAAUGGCAUCUACCUCAGAAAUCCCUGCAUUUGAAUUCUCAACAGAAGAUUGUGGAGGUGCAUGUUGGCUUGACAGAAAAGAAACAGAUGGUAGAGCAAGUGAAGAAGAAAAUAAAUCGGACAGCAGCUCAUGCAGCAGAACCUCCAACAGCAGCCAUACCUUAUCUUGUCAAACUAUGGAGCCCUGUACCUCAGAUGAAUUUUUUCAGGCUCUCAACCACGCUGAACAAACUUUUAAAAAGAUGGAGAAUUAUCUUAGGCACAAACAGCUAUGUGAUGUGGUGUUAGUUGCUGGUGAUCGUAGAAUUCCAGCUCACAGAUUGGUUCUCUCCUCUGUUUCGGACUACUUUGCGGCAAUGUUCACUAAUGAUGUAAGGGAGGCAAGACAGGAAGAAAUCAAGAUGGAAGGUGUGGAGCCAAAUGCACUGUGGGCUCUGGUUCAAUAUGCCUAUACAGGUCGCCUUGAAUUAAAAGAAGAUAACAUUGAGUGCCUGUUGUCUACAGCUUGCCUUCUUCAGCUCUCUCAGGUUGUAGAAGCAUGCUGUAAGUUCCUAAUGAAGCAGCUUCACCCGUCCAAUUGCCUUGGAAUCCGAUCUUUUGCUGAUGCGCAGGGUUGCACUGACUUGCACAAGGUGGCUCACAAUUACACUAUGGAGAACUUCAUGGAAGUAAUUAGAAACCAGGAAUUUCUAUUAUUGCCAGCCGCUGAAAUUGCAAAACUAUUAGCAAGUGACGACAUGAAUAUUCCCAAUGAGGAAACUAUACUGAAUGCACUACUUACGUGGGUUCGACAUGAUUUGGAACAGAGAAGGAAAGAUCUCAGUAAGCUCUUGGCUUACAUUAGACUGCCUCUGCUUGCUCCACAA